AUCCCACUUCGCUUUAUCGAUAAAGGGAAUUUGAUAAACUUCUUGGUCAUUAUCACAUAUCCAUUCAAGGACUCAAGACACCAUAGCUCAAACUUCUGCAUCUCUAACCUGCAAUCCAUUCAACAACCCGCUGUCUAUCGAUUCGCAAGUCUAGCUGAAUAUAUUUACCCCGAGUCACAACGUUGAACUCGUCAGGUAUCCAACUUACACAGGAAAACCAUUCCUUUGAGAUAGCAGAGCCCUAAGUGGCCCCCAAACCAGCCCAAUAUGGCAUCGGCAGACAACGCGAAUCCUACGAUCUUGAAUGUGUCUGAAAUAUCACGUCGAAGAGAAAAGCGCCAGGUUCGAGAUUAUUCGGCCAAGAAACAUGGUAUACAGAGCAUAUUGAUGGCAAAACCCACCUAUGCACUGGAUCCUUUUUAUAUGUCAGAUUUCUCAGAUGAAGACUCGGAUGAUUCUGGCUUAGAGCCAAUAGAUGAACAGGAAAUCUAUGACUUGAUUGCACCAAUCUCCGACCCCGAGCACCCUCUUUCGUUGGAGUCUCUCGGAGUAGUUAAGCUUGAGGAUGUUCAUCUUGUUUCGCCUCCCGAUCUUACAAACCCGGCAGCACUGUCUCGCGUACUGGUCGAAUUGACGCCAACGGUUUCACAUUGCUCCCUAGCAACUGUUAUUGGACUUGGCGUUCGAGUACGUCUGGAACAAGCUCUUCCGCCAGGAUAUCGAGUCGAGGUCAAGAUUAAGAAGGAUACACACAGUCAGGCCAAUGAAGUCAACAAGCAACUGGCUGACAAGGAGCGUGUUGCGGCUGCCCUCGAGAAUGAUAAUCUCAUGAAUUUGUUAAGGAAAAUGAUGAAAACCUGUCUUGAUGGCUGAUGAUAUCAUAACGACAGACAUAAAAUUUCCAUGAAACCGCUUUAGCCAGUGCAGGGAAUUCCUCGUUACGAGGAUGAUCGGGAAGACCGUUGCCAUAUACGAGAUCACUUCCGCAAUACUCUGAUACUUUUCAAAGUCUCGCAGAUUCGUCCCCAAUUAAUGAACUACGAAUGUGGAGUAUGAUCACAAAAAUCCAUUUUAAGUACUACAUAUCGAUUUUGGCAUAUGCAUGUGCAUGUGCGUGUAAUACCACAAUACAGGUACUGUGCUCAUCAAAG